AUGGAUGCCCUAUUUUCCAAGAAAGCCUCGCUGAAGAGGCGCGCUUCCUUGUCCCUUCUAUUUGGCUCGCAGAAACCAACAUUCGCAGCAGUGCUAGACGAGAAACCCACGCGGUACUAUGAUUUUGUCGACACACCUUCUCCUCCUAAGCGUCCAUCGCCUUUCAUCAGCCGGCAAGAGAUAUCGCCCGAGUUGGAGUCAAAGAUUAGAUAUUCUUGUUCCUUGCUUGCGUACCGGAUUGAGCAAGGGAUUCCUUCUCCUCCCAACAACGCAUACCGCCGCGCAGUAAGAGAUGCACCAGUGGAGAGCAUCACACCGAAGUCUCUGCUAGUCUCGAACUAUCCAACUCCAAAAGCCGGACCAGAGUCGGCUUCGGUAACUGGGUAUGACUCCGGCGUGGGUCUCACACAACAGCCAAGUAUGCAAACAAUGAGAGUGCUUCAUUCUCGGUCCGGCGAAGCAUCAGAUGCUGGAGAUACAAGGGCUGUCUCGAUAUUCAGCAACACCAGGACAGGCACAUCUUGCUCUGACCUCAGCACCGAGCCCUCAUGCGCUCAGUCGUCAUCCCACAGUCCCCGGCAGAAUGAACUCAAGCCAACAAUUGGCGCAACUAUAACGGGCUACAGGCAACCAAAUCAUUCAGCAAAGGCCUUCCUCAUCGAAUCCUCACUACCACUGUCUGAACCACCACCCUACAAAGAAGAUGCCCAAGACACGAAUGUUUUCCUCAACCCGACCAUCACCAACCUCUCCUCUGAAACCCUAUCGAGCCAUCCAUCUCCUCGCUUAGGGCUAGCAAGAGUCCCCGCGCUCACUCAGCAACCCAAACCUACGUUCACUCCCAACAAUACCAACUUAGAAAGGUCCCGGAGUAUCAUCAUCGACGGCGCCGGCCAGGCUCGCCUCUUAACGCCGGACGAAGAGUCCCAGCGCAACAAAGCACUCCAGCAUGCUGUACUUUCGAAGAUGACGCCCGGUUUCAUGAGAUAUAACCCUGUUCGUGUGCCUCCGCGACGACAAUGUCAGGACAAUCAGCCGUACCAAAGUCCUGUGGACAGUGAUGGUAUGGGCAGCACGUACCGCGAAAAUGGUUCUCAGGCCGGACUGCAAAGAAUGCCAUCUAGGUUUGGACUCUCUUGGUCGGAUAUCAAGUCGGAACUGCACGCAUCAAGAAGGAAAGACACAGGUACGGGCUCGCGGAGAUUGAGAGAUGAGGUGCCGUUGGUUGGGAAAUUGAGUAAGCUCUUUUCACGCGAACGUCGCAACUAG